CGAUCGAGGAAUAUUCUAGCACAGGGGUCGGUAAGGAUUAGUUUUUGGCGCAUGCGCAGUACCCUUCCGGACAUUUCUUCCUCACGUGGAUCGCCCUAGUGAAGUGGUCCAGUUUGACUGUCUUAUGCUGCUCUGCCGGACGCGCUUUUCAUAAAGAUCAGUAAAAAUGGCUUUCCGGAAAUUUCUUCCCAUGUUCGACCGCGUGUUGGUGGAGCGGCUAGCUGCAGAGACGGUGACGAAAGGAGGCAUCAUGAUUCCAGAAAAGUCUCAAGCCAAAGUGCUGCAGGCUACAGUGGUGGCAGUGGGUCCAGGAUCCACCAACAAGGAUGGGAAAGUAACACCUGUCUGCGUCAAAGUUGGGGAUAAAGUUAUGCUGCCGGAGUACGGAGGAACAAAAGUUGUUCUUGAUGAUAAGGACUAUUUCCUGUUCCGGGAUGGAGAUAUUCUUGGCAAAUAUGUAGAAUGAAGUCUGCUUGUUCAACCAUCUGUGUCAUUCUGGAGUCCAUAGAGAGAAUGGUUGUUCCAUGUUUUGUUUCUUUUUUCUGUGUCAUUCAGUUGUAAAUAAGUAUGAUCAAGUUUUGUUUCAAAUAAAGUGAUCUUGAUGUUUCA